CAUUCAUAUAAGUAAUGCGUCGAUCGUUUUAUUGUUUAGUUGACGAGAGUCGUGCUCGCGCGUCGGGAAUAUUCUGUGACAGUUUUCCCGCCAAACUUUGACGUUGACGUGACGUAGUGAUUUCUUUUUAAAUUUUCUUUCUUUUAUUGAAAAAUGGAUAUGCUAAGCAAGAUUAGGAGUCACCAGCGUACUCCGUCAGGGUCGAGAGACUUCAAGGAGGCGACAAAACGUGAUGCCCUCGCCAGGGUUGAAGUGGAGUUGGAGCGGCUGGUGGCCACCGUGCCGGAGACCAGACGCCCACAGAUGCUCAAAGAGUUCCAAGGCUUCAAGAACUUAUUUAGCAGAUUUCUGGCUGAACAGGGACCUUCUGUAACAUGGGAGAAGAUCGAGAAGCUUCCAGAAGGUGCUGUGAUUGAUUACGCGAGCCUGGAGACGCCCACCACGGACAAUGUGCACCACAUGCUGGACAAGUUGGUCGUGGUGAAACUGAACGGAGGUCUCGGCACCUCUAUGGGUUGUAAGGGUCCCAAGUCCGUCAUACAAGUGAGGAACGAGCUGACCUUCUUGGAUCUCACUGUGCAGCAAAUUGAGCAUCUAAACAAAACAUACAAAUGCAACGUGCCCCUCGUGUUGAUGAACUCCUUCAACACGGACGAGGACACGCAGAAGGUGAUCAGGAAGUACAAGGGGCUGAAGCUGGACAUCCACACCUUCAACCAGUCCUGCCACCCCCGGAUCAACAGAGAGUCGCUGUUGCCCGUCGCUAAGGAGGGCAAUGUUCACUCAGAUAUUGAAGCGUGGUAUCCCCCUGGUCACGGAGACUUUUACGAGUCAUUCCACAACUCCGGUCUUCUCCAGAAGUUCAUCAAAGAAGGCAGGACUUACUGCUUCAUCAGCAACAUUGAUAAUUUAGGCGCUACCGUCGACCUGAACAUCCUCAGCCUCCUCCUCCACCCUGACCCUCAGAAACCGAUACCAGAAUUCGUCAUGGAAGUCACCGAUAAGACCAGAGCUGACGUUAAAGGUGGAACUCUCAUCCAAUACGAAGACAAACUUAGACUUCUGGAAAUCGCACAAGUUCCGAAAGAACAUGUGGAUGAUUUCAAAUCAGUCAGUCAGUUCAAAUUCUUCAACACCAAUAAUUUGUGGGCAAAGUUGGACGCUAUCCAAAGGGUAGUAGACCAAGGGUCUUUGAAUAUGGAGAUUAUAGUCAAUAAUAAGCAUUUGGGUGAUGGAUUAAACGUAAUACAACUGGAGACCGCAGUUGGUGCUGCGAUGAAAUGCUUCGAAGGAGGUAUCGGUGUAAAUGUGCCUAGAAGCCGUUUCCUUCCAGUCAAAAAGACCUCGGAUCUUCUUCUCGUGAUGUCCAACUUGUACAGUCUUUCGCACGGGUCUCUGGUGAUGUCCCCACAGAGGAUGUUCCCGUCUACUCCGCUGGUGAAGUUGGGUGACAAUCAUUUCGCGAAAGUGAAGGAGUUCCUGAACAGAUUCGCUACGAUCCCGGACCUGAUAGAAUUAGACCAUUUGACGGUAUCCGGUGAUGUUACCUUUGGAAGAGGAGUCUCGCUUAAGGGUACAGUAAUAAUAAUAGCGAACCACGGAGACAGGAUAGAUAUCCCAUCGGGCGCGUUGUUAGAGAACAAAAUAGUAUCAGGAAAUCUACGUAUCCUAGACCAUUAGCGUAGUCUAGACACAGUUAAGGAAUUUUUCCUAUUCAUUUCAGUGUAAUGCAAAAAAAAUGAACAUAAUUGCUAGUGGGAAGCAAAUUUAAUUCCUUCACUGUACAACUUAGUACAAUAUAGUGUACAUUUCAAAAUAUACGUUGUUGUGAUCGUCUUAAUGCGUAUAUUUGCAUGGCAUAGGGAUUCCUUAGUUUUAGUGUAGUUUGGUCUUUAUAUUUUUUUAUAGAUUUUUUUUUUAAAUUGAGUUCCAGAAGCUGGAUGUCAUUUAGAAAUAUAUCUCUUUUUGUUGUUUAUUAUUUUUAUUCAUAUUAAAUGGUUAAGAAAAAAUGUAUAUUGUUAAAUGUUUUGUUAUGAUUAUGAAAGUACGAAUAUUCUAAAAGAUUUUUUAUAAUAAUAAUACGUUGAAAUACAUUUUUCCUUGUACGCUAUAAGUUUUUUCACACGUAUAAAUAACGAAAAUUUUUGUAUUUCUAAAUAUCAAAUAUUCAUCACAAUUUAAAAUAUAAUACAUAAUAAGUAAAAGAGAAUGCACAAAAUUAUUUAUUUUUUGUAUAAGUUAAUACAUUUUAUUGUGAUAAUUGUUUUAAAAAUAACUACAGAUCAUAACAAUAACGAAUAACGAAAAAAAAGUCGUGAAAAAAAAAAUACCAAAAAUUUUUUUUAUUUCAAUUAUGUUUUUAUUUAAUUAAUUAGGAUAAAUAUAUUGUCAUUUAGUACAACUGUAACAACUGUAGUACACAUCUUUGACAAAACCAUCGCACAACUGUUUUGUCGCGUUUUGAUUCCUAUGAUCAUACGGACAUGGUCACACUACUCGAUUUUUAG